CUAGGCCGAGCGAUCAGUUGACUAUUCCCGCUCACUAGGAUCGGUCGCGUGCGGUCAAGUGGUGCAAUCGCGUUACGGGUUGAGCUGUGUCCCGUGAAAGCUUCCGAGCGCUGAACGAGCUUCCGGAUCGGUUUACGGCAGGUGUGUGCGUGUUCACUGAUUGAGCUUUCGGUGAUUGUCAUCCCCAUUCAUUCUGUGGUGGACCGGUAAACACAAGGGGGGGGAGGUGAUUAGGCUGAUACAGCUUUGAUCGUCACUUGUUAACAGAACGUGUAUAAGCUUGAGUUUGCUGGUAGCUGUUUUACAAUUGUGCCGACCUGUUUGAGAGGUGUUUGUGUUUGGAUAAGUGCGCAGAUUGGUGUUGCAAGUGCAUUCGACAGUGAAGUGUCAUCAUGCGAUUAAGUGAGCCAAAACAAGUGGCUACCAAAGGUAGUCAGACCGUCGGAUAUUUGGGUGAAAGUGCGAAAGGCGAUGUGAUACAGAAAAUUCCUCGGGCCGUCUGGCUGUCCUCCAGUCUGCUGAUAGUGGUGCUUUUCUUAAGUUCAAUCAUGCUGAUGGUAACGGUAAGAUCAUCUCCGCAUAGUCAGUAUGCUGCUCCUCAUGACCAGGCGACUCAAUCUACACCGGAGGUUCACCCGCUGGUGAGGACCCGACAAACCACGACCACUACGAAGAACACCAGCGAUGAGGUAGUACGAACGAGAAUACAGGAAGUAUUCAAGCGACCAGGUUACAACAACCCUGACCCGGACCCGGAGGAUUAUGCUGAUGAAACAGUAUCCGAUGUUGCAACCAGAUCUGACAGCCCGGGUAGGAAUCGAAGGCUGCGACCAAUCGGUAAGGACUUUGAUCCGGGUCAGUCAAUGGUGAUAAAGCAUCCAAAUGGAACGAUUUCAUAUGUGUUUCCCGAGUCCAUCUCCCCAGCACUGACCACCCGGACGGAGAAGCCAAACAAUGACGUGACGUACCGAAGUAGGCGUUGUUUAAACACACCAUGCACUUCCAUCGCCGAUGACAACAAGAUUAUAUUCCCCGACGAUGCUCCACCAGGCUAUCCGACGGAGGAGAUCAAUGCGAUCAUCGCAAAAUAUGGCCAACAGUACAACGAAAUAUUCGGCGAGGAGGUACUGACCAAUGACAAACUGUUACCCCGGUUUGAUUUUUCGGACGAAGAAUUUUUGUGCGCCAGUGUUGAAAAGUUGACGUAUCCCAAGUCAGGAACCACUCCGGAGAACACAGUAAAGUUGAUUGCUAACACCGAUAAAUACAUACAGGGGGUGCGAAUUGAGACCUGCAGCACCGUCGGGAAACCGUGUGACCAUUUGGCUUCCGGUAGUUUGUACAAAACCGAGUGUCGACAGCUGUAUCACUACCGAACUCUGCUGUCAGUCGAUACGAAGACGCAAAAUGUGACCAAGGAGCUAUUUAGGCUACCAUCCUGCUGCAAGUGCGUAAGAAUCUCCAACGGAUCGCUGAUACGACAACGACGAAAGGCGGAUGGAUUGUAAAUGCUGUACACUACUGUACACAGAAUCAUUUAGGCUGUUGCUUUUUAAAACCAUAUUUCCAACCAACUGGUCGAAGAUUUAAAAUCUGUUCCGCUUGUGAAGGGUAUUUGCGCUGUAAAGAGAACAUAGAAGGUGAAUACCAAGAUAGGGUGUUUUAAAAGUAACAUUCAUUUACUCAGAGUGUGAUCGAUUGAUUAUAAAGCUAAUUUAGUUGCGAAAAGCCUUCGUAUGUAUAAUUCUACUAAAACAGCAAAUUAUAUAAGCAUAGAUUUUCACAGCAGAAAGCAAUUGGAAAAAUUCAAUAAACAUGUUGUUAUAAGGUU